UAAGAUCCCUUUGGAUUUAUGCUCAUAUUGAAGCCAAUUUGAAUUAAUUGGAGCACGAGACCAAGGGCCCCAUGGGAUUCUCCGAUGUCCAGUGACGGACUCUGGCUUGGGGAAGCAGAACUGGUCAGCUCAGCCUGGUGCUUUUCCUCCACAGCUUUGUCCUGCUCCUUCCUCAAAGCCCAAAAUGAUGCCAGAGGGGCAUUGGAGUUAAUGGGUGGGAGAGAGAGCGCAGAGGGGGAGCAGGGCAGAGCCAAAACCCACAGCCCAGGCUGGAACCACAACCUUGGUUUCCCCCAAAAUAAAAUAAUGGCAGGCAGGGCACGGUAAGACAGAAAUAACUUGAUUUUCUGGUGAGGUGCUUGGGGAGGGGACAAGGACAAAGCACCCUGCUCCAGCCUGGGGCUCUCCCAGAUCCCCCAGUGCAUUUGUCAGCAGUCUGCUCCCCCAAAAUCACCUCUAACCCUGGCCAGCAGGCAGGAGAGCAUCUUCCACCAGCAAAAUCAGCUCCCAGCACCGGGAUGGGGAGCUGUGUGGAAGCAGCAGCAAUUCCCCCCAUCCUUGAUUAAAACAGCGCAGCCUGCAGGGCCAGGGUGGGGGGGGACGCUGCUUAAUUGACUUUGUGCUUUUGAUACAGCAGCUUAAUGACUGUGUUCAAAUUAGCCAGAAUCACCUUUCCAUCCUGGGGAAUGGAAAUGAGACGUGGAUUGCUCCGACACACCCUCCCCCCCAUGCCGGCCUCUUAAAAAUCCAUCCCCAACUAAACCGGCCACGAUUUUCAUGCUUGGAUUUUUCAUCUUUUCCUAAGGAGAUAAGUUGAUAUUGUUUCAAACAGCAAUGAAAUUCCUUCCCAGUCACAUAAAUCUCCUGGUUUUAACCACAGAUCCAGGGCUGAGGCUGGGGAUGAAGCUCAAAUGGGAAAGCCCGAGCUGCGUGUGCCUGCAAUGAAAUUAUAAAUCCACAUCCCGGAGCAAGCGAGCAGCAGGAGGCACCAGGAACCUCCAUCAGCAGAAGCGCUGGGCUGCAGCAAGGGAUGGGAAUUGGGAGUGGAACCGACAAGGCUGGGAGAGCUGUUGGCAUUUCUCCUGACAAAAUCCUGCACAAACGGCGCCAGUCCAGGUGAAAGCACGGCGUUGGACCCGCCUGGUGUUCAGUGCUGAGCCCCGUUCCUUCCCCCUGAGCUCUGCCCUCAGCUUCCUCAGCUGUAAAGUGAAGAAGAUGCUGCCAAACCCUGCUUGAAAAGCGCUGUUAGACGCAGCAAAUGUCACCCAAUGGCUCAGGUGGUGCUUGGUCAGCUGGCACACAGCACAUCAAGGGCACAGGACACUCUGCAGCAGCUGCCCACUGAGGCCAGGGACCAGCAAGGCUAAGGCCAGCCUGGACCACUGAUGAGUGGAGAGGAGCAACAAUUCCACCCUGCAAGUCAGAGCCAAGGAGGGAAUUGGCCUCUGCCAUCCUCAAAGCCCAAUUAAGAAAAUCACCACAGCUCAGGAGGCUUCAGCAGGAGCAAGAGGAGAACUCCAAGGAGGAAGAGCAAUGAAAGAAACUCUUUGGGGGCCUGUCACUGAGAGAGGAUUUCAAAUGAGCAGCCUGUGACACCUCCCCAUGAGGAGCCGAGGCUGGCAGUGCUGGACACUCCACCAUUUGAACAUGCCCAGGCUCCAAUGCCUCAGCAGAUCCCGAUGUCGGAGCAGCCCUGGACCUGCAGAACGGCGCGCGGCAGAUCGGCAGUGAGCCCCUAGACCAUGCCCCACACAAUGACAUGGUGGCUCCCGGCGCUGGCCCUGCACGUGGUCCUGCUGUCCCCGCGGGCGGGCGCCUGCCCCGCGCGCUGCGAGUGCGCCCCGCAGCUGCGCUCGGUGCUGUGCCACCGCAAGCGCCUGACCGCCAUCCCCGAGGGCAUCCCCACCGAGACCCGCGUCCUGGAGCUCAACAAGAACCGCAUCCGCUGCCUCAACCCCGGCGACCUGGCCCCGUACCCGCUGCUGGAGGAGCUGGACUUCAGCGAGAACAUCAUCUCCAAUGUGGAGCCCGGCGCCUUCAGCAACCUGUUCAACCUGCAGACCCUGCGGCUGCGGGGGAACCAGCUCAAGCUCAUCCCCCCGGGGGUCUUCACCAAGCUGACCAACCUGACCCUCCUGGACAUCAGCGAGAACAAGCUGGUCAUCCUGCUGGACUACAUGUUCCAGGACCUGCGCAACCUGAAGAGCCUGGAGGUGGGUGACAACGACCUGGUGUACAUCUCCCAGCGCGCCUUCUCGGGGCUGCUGGGCCUGGAGCAGCUGACCAUUGAGAAGUGCAACCUGACCUCCAUCUCAGCCGAGUCGCUGUCCUACCUCCAGAACCUGGAGGUGCUGCGGCUCCGGCACCUCAGCAUCUCUGCGCUGGAGGACCAGAACUUCAAGAAGCUCUACAAUCUCCUGCAGCUGGAGAUCGACAACUGGCCACUGCUGGAGGAGGUGUCCCCCACCAGCUUCCAGGGCCUGAACCUCACCUCGCUCUCCAUCACCUACACCAACAUCACAGCCGUGCCCGCAGCUGCCUUGAGGAACUUGGUGUACCUGCGGUACCUCAACCUGUCCUACAACCCCAUUAGCACUGUGCUGAAGGGCUCCUUCAAGGACCUCAUCCGGCUCCAGGAGCUCCACAUCGUGGGCGCUCUCCUGGUGUCCGUGGAGCCGCAGGCUUUCUCUGGCCUGAGACAGAUCCGGCUGCUCAACCUCUCCAGCAACUUCCUGUCCACGCUGGAGGAGAGCACCUUCCACUCGGUCAACACGCUGGAGACACUGCGGGUGGACAGGAACCCCCUGGCCUGCGACUGCCGGCUCCUCUGGAUCCUGCAGCGGCGGAAGACGCUCAACUUCGACGGGCAGCAGCCCAUGUGCUCCUCGCCACCCGAGAUCCAGGGCAACGCCCUGCGCGACUUCCCGGACUCGGUGCUCUUCGAGUACUUCACCUGCCAGAAGCCCAAGAUCCGCGAUCGGAAGCUGCAGCACGUGACGGCGCGGGAGGGGCAGUCCGUGUCCUUCCUGUGCCGGGCCGACGGGGAGCCCGACCCCUCCAUCGCCUGGGUGUCCCCCCAGCACCGCAUGAUCACCACCCGCAGCACGGGGCGGGCCACGGUGCUGCCCGGGGGCACCCUGGAGAUCCGCUUCGCCCAGGUGCAGGACAGUGGCACCUACAUCUGCAUCGCCAGCAACGCCGGUGGCAACGACACCUACUUCGCCACGCUGACGGUCAAGGGGCGCCCGGCCGACGGCGCCCACCACGCCAACCGGACUUUGUACCUCAGCGACUUCAACGACACCUUCCACAACAACACCCAGGUCUUCUUGAAGUUCACCCUGGACCUCAAGACCAUCCUGGUCUCCACGGCCAUGGGCUGCAUCACCUUCCUGGGUGUGGUGCUCUUCUGCUUCCUCCUGCUCUUCGUCUGGAGCCGCGGCCGGGGGCAGCACAAGAACAACUUCUCCGUGGAAUAUUCCUUCCGCAAGGUGGACGGUCCCACCACCACCACCGGCCAAGGAGGGGCCAGGAAGUUCAACAUGAAGAUGAUCUGAGCCUCUCCCAGAGGAGAACUGUUUUCUGCAGCCCAGCCCCGGGCACAGCCAUGGCAGGACGGGGUUGGGAGGGCUGUGGGAGCGCCGGCCGUGUCCCGGGGCUGGCAGAGUGACCUUGCUGUGCUGGGACAUGGCUGGAGACAGAGGUGCCACAGGCCAGCAGGGUCAGAACCGUGGGGACUUCAGGGUCAGGGAGGGAUGACCCCGAUGUCUCAGCCCUGUGGAGAGCCCUCAGGGCUCAGGAGCUGUCCCAGGGGCUCCUGAUGUAGCGAGGUUUUUGCUACCAACUAUGCAUUUCUUGAGCCAAAAGAUCAGCAGUGUUUGGGCCUGGGAGAAAAAUGCUUCCUGUUUUCCCCCCACCCUUUCCCUUUUUUUGUAAGGGACUCUUCAGAAAACUUUCCUGGUAGUUGUUUGUGAUUCUUUUCUUGUUGUUGGUGGGGGUUUUGGUCCGAGUUUUUUUUUAAUGAUUUUUCCAAAAGAAAUGUCUUCCGGGGCAAUGCGGGACUGGGGAGGUUGUGCCAAGCUCGGGGGUCCCCCAGCCUCUUGGCAAAGACAGACCCUCCUCUCCCGGGCACAGAUGUGCCUUGAGAGCUUUUCAUCUGUGGAUUUAAGAUCCAGCAUCUGCCAAUGUGGGUGCCCAGGGACGCUUCUGCACAAGCAAUAAUAACUCUCCAGGGCCAGGCUCUGAGGAGGUGUCAGCAAGAAAAAAAAGGGAAAAAAAAGGCAAAAUGAGGCCAAGAUCAUUAAAAUCAGGAAGAGUGAGCCCUGCAAGCCUCCCUGUCUCUGCAUCCACCCAGUGGGGGGUUGGGAUUCCUACGGGUUCAAAAGGUACUUUUGGGUUAAUUUUCUUGGAGUUGCAAAGCCAAAAUCUGCAGGAGGGCAGGACCUGGCUCAUCCUGUGCAGGGAGGCCCCAGGAAAGAAGAGGAAGAAUAGCUGGGAAGAAGCAGUCCAGGAGAACAUCCUGGCUGACACCUCCCUCCCAAACCCUGCACCCUCCGAUGCUGAGGACCACGGGUCAGUGUCCCUGGGGCUGCUCCUACUGCCACAGGGGUGGUUCCUGCCUUCCCAUCCCACCCCUUCCCAGGCUUUGCCCUGGCUCUGCCUCAGGGUGUGGAUUUUUGUGCAUGGGAGAAGGAAUGAAGCUGGAAUGGAAGAACCUGGAUGUGACCUGGAGGAUCCAGGGAGUUCAUUGCUUCUUCCUCCUCUUCCUCCUCCCAUGUGCACCCAGGGGGUUGCUGCAGGUCCCACCUCUGUCCCCAUUCCUGCAGGGAUAUUCCCCACCUGGAUGUCCCAUCUCCAGCCAGUGAUGGUCAGGCUGGGAGCUGGAGGGGGCAGCUGCCAUUCCCUGAUGGGCAUCCCGGAGCGGCACCCGAGCUUCCGAGGGGUUGGGAACUUUGUGGGGCACAAGUGGCUGCUCAGAACAUCCCCCCAACCCUGUUCUGCUGCCACAGGGUGCCCCCAUCCAUCCAUCCAUUCAUCCAUCAUCCAUCCAUCCAUCCAUCCAUCCAUCCAUCCAUCAUCCAUCCAUCCCUCCAUCCAUCCAUCAUCCAUCCAUCAUCCAUCCAUCCCUCCAUCCAUCCAUCCAUCCAUCCAUCCAUCCAUCCAUCCAUCCAUCCAUCCAUCAUCCAUCCAUCCAUCCAUCCAUCCAUCCAUCCAUCAUCCAUCCAUCCCUCCAUCCAUCCAUCAUCCAUCCAUCCAUCCAUCCAUCCAUCCAUCCAUCCAUCAUCCAUCCAUCAUCCAUCCAUCCCUCCCUCGGGUCUGGCUGUCCCUGUGGCCCCGCAUGCCCGGUGCCCCUCGCCCCCAGCCGUGCAUGCCGUGUCCUACCAGGGUCCUGUUCGGUGUCUGGGGUUUUUUAUCCUUGGGA